GGAGAAUACCCACUAUUCCAGCUGUUCUAUAGAGAAGUACUGAAAGAAGUUGUGCGUCUUCCCGGGGCGGGAAUAUCUGCUUAGCAGCAUGGCAAUGGAAUGCAUCAAGAACUGCUGCAAGACCUUCCUAGGCAAGGACGCUGAGAUAGAACAGCAAGUUAUUACAAUGAAGAUGCCCCCUGCCAGAGCUAUCUCAGGUGGCCCCAGGAAGGGUGUAGGGGUAUCAGAGGACUAUCUCCUCUCUAAACUCCCCUUGGAUGGAAAAGAGAUCCCCUUUGUCCUCCCCACGUUCAAACCUUCCUACAUCCAACCACGAGGAUCACGUUACCUCGGCUAUCAGACACCAGGGCUACACAGUUCAGCCAGGAGCACCUAUGCAGAGAGGAAGGCGGAACUGUCAGGGGCCAGUCACAUAGUCUAUAACCCCGACUCCUCCCCCAACAUGUCUCCCGGAACAACACGACACAGCAAUCUGAAAAAGAGUCCCCGGGGCUCAGAUUCAGGUGGGAAUGUGACGACUGGGAAUCUGAGCAAAUCCCUGUAUGACUUGUCCAACUCCAACCCUCCCAGCCACAUACAGCGUUACGACAGUGUGUCCAGUGUCCAGAGCAGCAGUGCAUCGUCCUCCCAGAGGGACUCCCUGGAGAACAGCCGUAGCCUUGAGUCCAUCACGUUGUCUGGAGAUGAGAGAGACUUGGGCAAGGUGUGUGUCCGGCUGAGUUACCAGGAGGCCCUGGAGCAGGUGUGGAUCACGUUGGUACAGUGUAAGGAUGUGUCCCUCGUCCAGAACAGCAGUGAGCAGCAGCAGAUUAGCUUUAAAGGCAUCAUCACUAUGAGCAAACCAGUACAGUUCAAGAGCUCCGUCAAGGAAGGUUCUCCGGACACAGUCUUCAUGGAGACCUUUGUGUUUACGGUGCGGCUGCAGCAGCUGCGUUGCAGUGCUCUGGUAUUCCGGCUGCAGACCCACCACCCCAGGAAGAGAACGGUGGCAGAGUGUGUCCUCUCCCUCAGACAGCUCGGCCCUGAGGAGACACAGCACUGGAUGGAGCUCAGCCCCCUUUCCAAGACCACUGUGUGUCACGCUGAGCUGCACCUGGCCACCUGUUUCCAGCCUGUUAACGGACGCAUCCAACUGCAGGUCCUCGCUGCCCAGAACCUCCCUGCUCCACUCAGGCAGGCAUUCUUUGUGAAGAUAGAGAUGCAGCUGUUGGGCAGGGUGGUGAUGAAGAAGAAGACUCACGUCCUGAAGUCCUCCGGAGGUCAGCUGACCUGGACUGAGUCUUUCUACUUCCCCUUGGCUCUGGACCAGAGCUUCCUGCUGUCAGUCAAACUGUACAGCCGCCGCUCUGUCAGACGAAAACACUUCCUCGGGCAGGUUCACCUUGGCUUCGACAGCCCAACGCAGGAAGCAGCAGAGCAGUGGAGGGAUAGCAUGUCUCACCCCGAGAAGGUGGUGGCUGUAUGGCACAGACUCAACGGGUCCUGAAACGCCUGUAGAAACUCACACAGCCUGUAGAAACUCACACAGCCUGUAGAAACUCACACAGCCUGUAGAAACUCACACAGCUCACACAGCCUGUAGAAACUCACACAGCCUGUAGAAACUCACACAACCUGUAGAAACUCACACAGCCUACAUUCAAAAUGGCACCCUAUUUCAGGGGUUCUCAAAGUGGGGUCCACGGAGGUACUGACACGGAGUCUGCGGUCUACAUCUCAAAAUAUAUAUAAAAAAUAUAUAUUUAAAAAAAACAAAGAAUAUCUUAUCAAUAUAACUAACAACAACAGGUGAAAACACACAUUUUCCCAUAUGGAUCUGUGGAAUAAGUUUAUGGUGUGUAAUACAAUGUAAUAUUAUUGACCUAAAAUGUAUGUUCUUAAAGGCCUAGUGCAGUCAAAAAUGUGAUUUUCCUAUGUGUUAUAUAUUAGAGGUUGGAAUAAUACUGUGAAAUUGUGAAAAUUAUGAUAAUGCCCUUUAAGUGUAAGAGCUGUUUGAAAAGACCUGAAAUGUCAUCCUGUUUUGGUCGGAUGGACUUUUGGUCUGCCUGGAGACAUCACCAGGCGGUAAAUGAAUUCAUCAAAUCAAAUCCAACUUUAUUUGUCACAUGCGCCGAAAACGACAGGUGUAGAGACCUUACCGUGAAACGCCCUU